AUGUUUCUAGUGUUGAUUUUUUUAUUAGUGAAUGGCAUUGUCCGUGCCACAGCACUUUCCCAUGAAUUUGAGCUCUAUGAUGCUCAUAAUCCAAAUUUUAUACUUGCUGUCAGAGACAACAUUCUUUUCUUUAUUAAUGAGCAGGACGCUAGGACUCAAAAAGAAGCUACAGUCUUUCAGAGUGGGAAUGAAAUAUUAAAGCACAGAGAUAAAAAUGUUUGUAAUGAUGGAAUAGGUGGGAGAGAUUUAAGGCUAUGUAAAUAUGCUGAUAUUUUUUCUGAAUGGAAACUGAGGCCGGUGCCAAACGGGUCUAAAAUAUUUGAGCUUAGGGAUUGGAGUGGUCAGAGAUGUGCUGUCUACGGCCCAUUUGAUCGUAAUGAAAGAGAUAUUGAAGUUGGGCCGUGCUUUGGAAAUGCUGUCAAGUUCAGAGUAGUUAAUAUGGACGAAUACAUAAAUGGAACAAAUGAGAGAACAGUAGCUGAAAAUACAGGAAUCUUAAAUAGGAUUUAUGAUAGGUUUAUUCCUAAAAGAUCUAUGUUCAAUUUUUAA